AUGGGUACAGGAUUGGGAAAAUUUUUAUCAGCGGUGCUGAUUGGCCUUUCUGGCUUGGCAGGGUGUAUGAUACCGUACUUGGUAUAUUACUUUUCUCGUCCAAGUACCGAUGUGAAGUCCCGUCAAAACACGAUUGACUCUCGUCUGUGUUUGUGCAACUGUCUUGGUGCUGGCAUAAUAAUGGGUAUGGCAUAUCUGCACAUCCUUCCCGAGGCAGUUCUGCAAUGGGAACAUAGCGGUUUGUUGUGGAACAUUGGUAAAGGCCACUUCAACCCUGUUUAUUUCAUAGCUUUGUUGUCGUUCUGCAUGAUGUUGUUCAUUGAACGGGUAUUGUCUUCCGGCCGUACUCCAUGUUCUGCAGCUUUUAAUGUCUGUCAAGAACCCGAUGACUGUUGUGGCGUAGAGCAAAAUGGCUCAUGUUGUGAGAGUGCGUCACGGAGUGCAGCUUGCGAGCUGGAAACACUUGACGAGCCCAUCGCUGCAGAUGAGGAAUGCGCGGUGAAUACAACCGCGGAUACCUUUCGUGCCCGUUUUCGUCACCACCACAGUCGUAUAAUUGCAAGAUGGAUGAAGAUCUUGUGCCCGCUCUGCGAAUGCAAUGGCUUAUGCAUAACUCUAGCCCUUUUCAUUCACUCGUUGUUUGAAGGUAUCGUAGUAGGACUUGUGGACUCUCAAUGGAACCUCUGGCUAAUGACGGUUGGAAUCAUCCUACACAAGUGGGCUGCAGGCAUGGCCCUUUCGGCGUUUGUUUCUACUAACAGCAAACGUGGCGCAUUUGUAAUGCAAACCAUUUUCUGUCUGAGUUCCCCGUUGGGUAUUUUAAUCGGUGGACUAACAGCUGGAACGAGCGAGUCUGCCGAGGCGAUUUUAAAUAGCAUUGCUGUCGGCACUCUUAUCUACAUUGGAAUGGAAAUUAUAACCCACGAGUUGUUCUGCCAUAUGCAUUGCCGUAAAACAGCAUUUUGCAAAUGGUUGUGCGUUAUCUUCGGGACGCUUUUCAUUUUAGCCACGGCUAUGCUUGAAGUUUACAUAACUGGGGGCUGCGCUCAUUCUCAUGUACAUGAGGGUGCUGCGGCAUCAGCCCAUGCUCACCAUCACUAA